GUGAGGUUUCGCGAGGUGAACCCGUUCAAUUGCUGGAUAUGGGUCGAGUCGCACAACGCGAUCGCGGAGAUGGAAAAACCGUUGUUUGAGGAAGUGUUUAAAGCGUGGUUUGUGCUCGGAAAAUUGGGCGGAUUCAACUCGUACAACAUGCAGGCGGGUGAAAAUUUUGAUUCGGUGUCGUUCAUGGACUAUUCAAUGGAACAAGCGCACGAAUUUAGCACCGAUACAUCGUCGCACGUGUUCCACGAAAUGUCAGAGGUGGAGUACAAGGCGGAGUGGGCCCGCGUGUGGGUGGAUCUGGGCACCGCGGACGAGAUGGCGUUUGACGUUUUGAUAAACUCUUUGAUUCAGUUUUCGCGCGAGUACUUCGGUUUGAAGCAAGUCAUCGUCGGUGGUGUAAACGAAGACUGGACCACUGAGGGA